AAGAUUUGUCUUUGCGCAUCGAAUCUUUGCAAGUAAGAGACAGUGGGCACUACCAGUGUGAAGCCACAAAUCUGGGAGGAACAGCCUAUUUUACCUACAAUGUUGAUGUGUCCGAUCCUGAUGUUGUAUCUACUGCAAGUUUACCAAGUUACCGCCUCUUUAUUGGCAUCGUUGUUGGAAGUGGUGUUGUUGGAAUCGUUCUUCUUGCUGUGGCAUGUUAUUGUAUCUGGAAAAAAGUCCGUGCAUAUCGUUUUGCCAAAAAUUCUGCAAAAAUUCCCUUCUCCUCCCGCCGGCUGAUCCCUAGAUCUGUGGUGGGCGACAGGCAUGUGGCUGGUGGUGGUAUACCCGUAACCAACUCCAUUGUUACUACCCACGCCACUAUGACCACCCACGACGAUUCCACCAUAGCUGAAGACAUGUUGCCCGCCGACUGGGACCCGAGAUGGGAGCGCCGACGAGAAGACCUAUCGAAUUUCAGUCUGGAUUUACCCAUUGGCCAGGGGACCUUUGGAAAGGUCUAUAAGGCCACAAUCAGCAAUCGCCGGCGUGAAGGAAGAGUGACUGAAGAUGUAGCCGUCAAAAUGACAACAACGAAAAAAACUGCGGCGGAAUUCGCGUUACUUAAUGAGUUUUACAUUAUGAGGAAGGCUGGAUUUCAUCGAAAUAUAAUUAAGGUUUUAGGCUGCUGCGUAAAAGGCGGGCCCUUCCUUCUUAUUUUUGAAUACGCACCGUUUGGAAAUCUCCGGGAUUUCCUAAGGAAGGAGCACGAGCGUAGCAAGAAUGAUCAUGAACAGCCAACUGGAUUGCGCUCAAUUACACAACGAGAUUUGGGACGCUUUGCCAUGGAUUUAGCGGGAGGCAUGAACUUUCUAGUUUCGAAACAAAUUAUUCACCGUGAUUUGGCUGCAAGAAAUAUUCUUGUUGGCCUAAAUCGUACAAUGAAAAUUGCCGAUUUUGGAUUAGCCCGAAACAUCACUAAUCUUCAAAAUUACGAGCAAAAAUCAGAGGAUCCGGUACCUUUCAGAUGGUUGGCUUUAGAGGUUCUGUUAACAAAUCAGUACACCCACCAGAGCGACAUGCACGUAACAUCAAGCAAUACGCCGUAAGGUUAGGACAUACACUGUAGACAUGUUCUCCCAUGCAGAUGGUCAUUUGGAGUUCUUUUAUGGGAAAUAAUGACGUAUGGUGACCAACCGUAUCCGGAUCUUGAUGGCUAUUGGCCAACUCGUUCCUUUUUGGAGUCCGGCCGCCGAAUGGAUGC